AUUUAACCCCACUUUAAUAACAACUUUAAUUUGAAUUGGAGGGAAUUGUAAUGCAUUUGUAACAACGAACGGGGCGCACUGAAUAUUCCAGUUGUGGUUUAGGGUAGUUUUCGUUCAAAAAAGUCUCGAAAUUAACAAAAGUAUGCGGUGUUUUUUCACAUGAAUACGGUUAAAAAAAUAAUAUCGAAAAUGGCCCAAACAGUGGCCUCCUCCGGGGGCGAUCUAGCCCGGCCAUUCACCGUCGCCGUCGAAGGGAACGUAGGUAGUGGUAAAACCACAUUUUUGCAACACUUCAACAAAAACCAAAACGUCGCCGUGCUAGCCGAACCGAUCGACAUGUGGAGGAACUGCAGUAGCUACAACUUACUAGAACUCAUGUACCAAGACCCGAAGAAAUGGAGCUUCACGUUCCAAUCGUACGUACAACUGACUAUGUUGCGUCAGCACCAACGGAAGACUCGACAGCCCAUCAAGCUGAUGGAAAGAUCCCUUUACAGCGCUCGAUACUGUUUCGUGGAGAAACUAUGCAGGGACGGCCUGAUGGCUAAACCUUCGAUGGAGGUCAUCGACCAAUGGUUCAAUUACGUUACGAAGUUGGAAGAUACCCAAUUAGAUCUGAUCGUUUACUUGCGGACGAGUCCGGAGGUGGCCUUCGAGAGGAUUUUGAAGAGGAAUAGGUCUGAAGAAAGAACCGUUGCGUUCGAGUAUAUUCGAGAUUUGCAUGAUAUACAUGAGGCUUGGCUGUAUAACAAAACGUUGCACAAGUGCAAGGCUCCCGUUAUCGUUUUAAACGCCGAUUUGGAUCAGUCGGUUAUCGAGGAAGAAUACAUGAAAUUCGAGCCGCACAUACUUAAUAAAAUACCACUCGAGGUUAAAAGUCUCUAAUAAAUUUUAAGUAAUGUUUCUAUUUUAUUCUAGUGUAAGAGGUAGAUAUCCAAAGAUGUUGUUAAAUAUAUUCAAAAUGUAAUAUUGCAUUUAUUUUAUACAAUGAAAUAUUUUGUAAUUAUUAUAGUAUGUAGUAAUUAGAUAUUGAGUUAUUAGUUUAUGUCUCGAUUAAAAUAAGUGACUAUAAUUUCUUUCUUGGAAAAAUGUGUGUUUAUCUUUUUAAAUUUAUUUCUAAGAACUUGAAUAUGUAUUAAGUUUUGGUCAAUAUGUAAUUAUACUAAAGCUUUUGUAUUUCAAUUGUUCUAGAAUAAAUUUCUACAUAUAAAUAUUGUUUUUUUUAAAUAAAUAAAUAAAACGUUUGAAGGAUUUUACAUAAAAAGGCAUUUCGUUUUGAGAUUUUUGAAAAAUUGACAAAGAUUAUGCAUUUAUAAGUUUUUAAUGACCGAAAUACUGGUUGCCUACCUAAUAGGCAACCAGUAAAUCGAUUUUCCAUCGAUA